AUGGGAACUGAUGCUUCCCUGCCGGAGCGCGCUUGUUCAAUGUUAAGAUCUUUGACAAUUCUUCCUGAGGAGAGUUCAGAUCUGAUAGCAACGCAGCGCUUGAAGUCUCACUAUUUAUACUUCGCAAAGGCGGCCCCUUGUUCUGAGCUUGGAUUUUGCGUUGGUGCCACGACUUACUUAAACACUGGGGAGCUGGACUUACUCCGCCGGGGCGUGGCCAAGAGGGAACUGACAAGUGCGCGGCUCCCGGAGUCAGACCGGUAUCCUGACUUGGCUGCGGAGCCUACGUCCUCGCCUCGCGUCAGGGUGCAGCACAACUCCUCGGCCCCGCAUCGCUGCCUGGCAUCCCUGUCUUGCAUCAGGCGCCCCGUACCCCAGUUCCGUAUCUUGACCCUGUGUUCUAAUUCUAUAUCUCUGCUCCCUUCUACCCGGACUCGAAUCCUUGUAGCCUGGUAUUCUGGCUUCACAACGCCGCAGAGUCAGUGUCCCUUACAGCUUCUCAGGCCUACGCAGCUCCUUUUAGGUGCUUCUCCGCCCACAGCCAGAGCUGAGCCUGGGUCUUCACUAAGUUCCAGGGAGUUUGUGAUUCACCCCACUAUUCGCGUGCUGGAGACCAAGAAAACUCCCCUAUGGAUUAACCCCAGUCCCUCCAUCGAUGCACUCGAAAGCUCGGUUGACGCUGUCUGGCGCUGGAACCAGGAAGGCGGUGAGCUUAAACUGAAGCAAGUUCGGAGGACGCCGGCGGCGCCCAGAUUUGAAGAAACGUUUCCAGGUCUGAGGCCCUUGCAAGUCUACAGGAGGUGUAAACCCGAAGGCCGAGAUCCAGAAAUGGGACGCCGGUCAUCAGAUACUGAAGAAGAAAGCAGAAGCAAGAGAAAAAAGAAGCACCGUAGACGAUCUUCUUCAAGUAGUUCUUCAGAUAGUAGAACAUACAGCCGAAAGAAAGGUGGAAGGAAAUCAAGGUCAAAGUCAAGAUCUUGGUCCAGAGACCUUCAGCCUCGCUCACAUUCUUAUGAUAGAAGACGCAGGCAUCGAUCAAGCAGUAGUUCUUCUUAUGGAUCUAGAAGAAAACGAAGUCGAAGUCGUUCAAGGGGUCGAGGGAAAUCCUAUAGAGUUCAGAGGUCUAGGUCAAAAAGCAGAACAAGAAGAUCUCGGUCAAGACCUCGUCCACGUUCCCAUAGUCGAAGCAGUGAAAGGUCCAGUCACAGAAGAACACGUAGCAGGUCUCGGGAUAGAGAACGACGGAAAGGCAGAGAUAAGGAGAAAAGAGAAAAGGAGAAGGAUAAAGGCAAGGACAAGGAAUUACACAACAUCAAACGUGGGGAAUCUGGAAACAUCAAAGCUGGAUUAGAACAUCUGCCACCAGCUGAACAGGCCAAAGCAAGACUACAGCUGGUUCUUGAAGCUGCUGCAAAAGCUGAUGAAGCAUUGAAAGCCAAAGAAAGAAAUGAAGAAGAAGCAAAGAGAAGAAAGGAAGAAGACCAAGCCACCCUGGUUGAACAAGUAAAAAGAGUCAAAGAAAUUGAAGCCAUUGAAAGCGAUUCUUUUGUUCAGCAAACAUUCAGAUCAAGUAAAGAAGUCAAAAAGUCAGUGGAGCCUAGUGAAGUGAAGCAUGCAGCUGCAACAUCAGGACCAGCAUCAGUAGUGGCUGAUCCACCAAAUAAUGAGAAAGAAAUAGACCCUGGCAGCAUCCCUACUGCUAUCAAGUACCAAGAUGACAAUUCUCUGGCCCAUCCAAAUUUAUUUAUUGAGAAAGCUGAUGCUGAAGAAAAGUGGUUCAAGAGAUUAAUUGCUCUCCGACAAGAAAGGCUGAUGGGCAGUCCUGUAGCCUAAAGUAAUAUACAUAUGGUUGAAUAAUGAACAAUAACAUUCAAAAUUUAGGUUUUUAAAUCCCAGUAUUAACUUUUUACUCUUAAAAAUAAUUUAGCUGAUUAUAUAAAA